GAUUCCUUCAACCGUUUGUGUCACUUCAUCUCAGGUUCUCACCAGAAGCGGACGUGCAACCUCUUCUCUCCCGUCUUGAAGCAUCUUUGUCUACUUUUGAGACUUUCAUCGGUGAAGAAUCAACAUGCCGCGCUCACGUAGCCGCAGUGCCUCCAAGAAGCCACGCUCCAAGAGCCGUGGACGCAGCCGAAGCCGCGCAAAGAAGGCCGCAGCUGCCGCCCCUGCCGCCGCCGCCGCCGCUGCCGCCGCAUCACCGGCACCCAAGAAGCGCAAGAGGAGCCGCAAGGCGAGCCGCAAGGGGAAGAAGUCCCGCAGCCGCAGCCGUAGCCGCAAGGCCGCCAAGAAGGGAGGGAAGAGGAGGAAGUCCCGCUCCCGAUCCAAGUCCAAGAAACCUGCAAAGAAGGCCAAGAAGGGAGGGAAGAGGCGCAGGAGGAGCAGGAGCCAACGCCGCAAGAAGUGAAGUCCCGCAGCGUCAAUCUGAAGCCGCCAGGCGUAGUGCAGCGAUGACACCACCCUCGGCUACCAGUAUAUGACAAUGCGGCGUGAUCUGUAUAUAUAAAUGUCGUAGUGAAUGGGUAGACUACAUGACCACGUGGUGUGCUACGGGAUCUCUCAAAUGAACUGAAUUUUGAAAUGAAUUUUAAAAUGUAAAUCACUGAUUUGUCGAUGUGAUCUUUUUUUUUUUACAGCUGAUUGUGUAGUGAAGUAGCUUUCAUGAAUAAAACCCCUCGUGGAUCGUGUAA